CUCUGUGUUUCUGCUUCCCUCGUCUUUCGUUUGUGAAUCUUCGUCUUCUUUCUCUCUCUCUUCACCCGUUCAGCCGUUCUGUUUUCCCCUUUGCGCGCAAACACCCAAUACACGACUCACAAAACACACACCACACACGCCACACACAAUAUACACACCUUGUAAGUUGUUCCUGGCGGCUGACCUUGUUAAGGACCUUGGCCUCUUCGUUCUGCGACCGCUGCACGUUGAAGUGAAGCACUCAGUUAGCAGACACGUGUUGGGUUCAGGAGCUGCCAUGGCAGACGCGUUGACAACGACCCCGCUGCUUGGCACAGAGGCGCCCGGCAAGGCUGGCGCGAUUCCGAGCAGCACAACAGAUCAGCCAAACAUGAUGGAGCCGGUCCAAGCAUUACACAUGCCCAUCACAGCACACACGCCGUUGGAGCGGCCGCGCGUGGCUGACAAGGGCAGAGCUAUCUUCCAGCGUGUUGCUGCACGUGACGACGAUGACCUCGCAACCAUCCUCCAAUGCGGCCUCGACUCCAUCUUGGAUGGCAUGAGGGCCCACCCUGACAGUGUUGGCGUGCAGUUGCUAGCGUUCAAGGCUCUCUUGACGCUGCUCUCAAACGACACAGACCACACUGUACAGUCAGAGCUGCUGCAGUUACAGGGCGUGGAGACCAUCUGCGCCACAAUGGAGCGGCAUAUUGGCGAGGACCGGUUGGCCGAUAUUGGGUGCUGCACGCUGUACUGCCUGAUUGAGGAGCAAGAGGGCCGGCUUGCGUUCAUGGGUGCAGAUGGUGUUGCGCUGUUGGGACGCGUCAUGCAGACCCACCCGUACAGCCGAGCCAUCCAGGAGCACGCAUGCUGGAUUGUGGACGCCCUUGCACGCACAGACAAAGACAACGUGCCGCUGCUGUUGCAAGAAGGCUGUGUCACCAGCCUUGUGCAGGCCCUCCGAACACACGCAUCCUCCACCACGCUCGUUGACUGGGCCCUCAAGGCCACGCACACAGCCAUGUUGGCGUCAUACUUGGUCAAGGAGGAGUUUCGGGCCGUCGGCGGCGUGCAGUUGCUUGUCGCUGUGCUUGAUGCCCACAACUCGCAUCCCGAUAUCAUGGAAACAUGUCUUGCGGUGAUGUGUCUCCUGAGUGAUUACGACAUGGACAACAGCACAGACUUUGCGCACGCCAAGCUGCAGAACAGCGUGACGAUUGUUGAUCUGUUGAGCAAGCUCGUUGGGUCGAACACCACACCAGUUCACGUUCUUGUGCAGACAGUGCAGCUUCUCUACCUCCUCAACACAAAGGUGCCCAGCCUCAGGGAUGCGUCUGCGAGCCGACUUGUUGCGCCUGUGAUUGCGUGCAUGCGCGUGCACCACGAGAGCGUGGAGCUGCUACAUGGUGGUUGCUCGUAUCUGCACGUAAUCAUGUCCCAGUCACCGGACCGAAAAGAACUUGUCUUGGAGGCGGGUGGACUCGCCGUCCUCUUGCAGGCGCUGGACGACUGUCUCGGCGAUCAAGGUGUCGUCACGGCUGUGCUACUGGGUCUUCUCAGCCUGUCGGUUCGACCAACACAUCGCAAGCAACUUCUUGAUGCGAGCGUUCUCAAGUCCAUCAUGCGCGUCAUGGCUGUGCAUGAAGGAACGGCGACCAUUGAGCAAUAUGGAUGCUGGAUUCUUGAGAACAUGAGUUUGGAUGCUGCGGGACAACACAUGAUCGCCCAAGCAGGGGGCCUUGCGCUAUUUCAGCGACUCGUACAGAACUAUCAAGCUGAGACGGACUCGUGUUCGCGGGAUGUGUAUGGCAAGGCGGUUGAGCUGCUACGAAAGUAUCAGGAAGGGGAAGGUGUGCAAGAGGCGUCGUCACUGGAAAUGUGCCAACAAUCCCUCGCCGGCUGCACCAUCUCCUGAUGUGGCACUUCCACCAUCACAUGAUUGCGUUUCAUGUAUUUGUGGUGCGAAUGUCGUUGUGGUGUGAUGUACAUGUGCGCGCGCGAAUGUGUAUGUAUGUGUAUGUGUAUGUGUGUGCGAUUGUGUGCACAUCGGGUCGGCUGCUUGCGUCGGCAGAUGUUGUUUCCGACACACCGCAUCUCUUCCCAACGUGAGCGUGGAUCCAUUGUUUACUGGUCAUGAAGGGAAGAGCUCCCAUGCAUUGCUCGUGCACAAGAAGCGACAGUGUAACGUGAUGAACCAGCUGGAAACAUCUUCAG